AUGAUGAGGUGCCAUCUUCAGCUCUGUGUGCUGGGCGUGAUGAUGCUGUGCUCGGGUUUGUGGGUCCACUGCAAAAACCCCCUGAGCGGAGCUUACCUGGAUGGAGAUGUUAACUGUGCAAUUUUGAGCUCAGUUCACACUAAAGUAAUCAACCUUCACAAACGAGCUAAACCACAGCCAUUCGUUUGUUCUGGUUUUGAUCUGACCACAUUUCUACAAUCGCUGAGUGCCAUCCACACGAUUGAAGAAAUCAAUAACUCUACAUUGCUUCCGGGGAUUAAGCUGGGAUAUGAAGUCUGUGAUCCUUGUGCAUCUCCCACCAAAGCACUGCACUGUGUGGAACAUUUACUGGCUAUUAACGGAUCUCUGCCGGCCCUUUUGGACUACACAGACUUCCGUCCACCAGUGAAAGCUCUUCUGGGAGAAAGAUACUCAGAGUUAUCCAUUGCUAUCGCCAAGCUCCUCAGCCUCUACCUGUUUCCUCAGGUCAGCUGCUCGUCCUCUUCUCCUGUCCUGAGCGACAAACUUCGGUAUCCAUCCUUCAUGCGCGUGAUUCCGAGCGACAUCUACCAAACUCAGGCACUGGUCAAUCUCAUGUCCCACUUCUCCUGGAACUGGGUUGGAGUCGUGUAUGGAGAUGAUGACUACGGUAGAGCGGCCUACCAAAGCUUCACGCAACAGUCAGAGGGAAAAAUAUGUGCUGACUUUGAGAAAGUGGUUCCUCACUACUUGGACCACGUUGAUGUCGACAAGGUUAUCAAAAACGUAGCUCAGAGUAUACAAAAAUCUGAAGCCAAGGUCGUGCUGCUCAUUCUGAAGCCGCAGCUGGUGGAGAAGCUUUUCAAGGAGAUGAUCCAAACCAACACAAGCAGAAUUUGGAUCGCGAGCGACGCCUGGUCCAUGAACCGCUUCUUAACAAAAAUGAAAGACAUCAACAAAGUGGGCAAAAUAUUUGGCUUUUCGUUUUCCAUGGGAAUUACUCCAGGGUUCGAAGACUACUUGAAAAACCUCAGGCCAACGCCAGGAGCAAGAAAUGACUUCAUAGAAGAGUACAAGCAGUUGAGACUGAACUGCUCCCUGUCGCCCUCGACCUGUGCUGUAGAUGACGUGCUGCACGCAGUGGACCUGAGAGAGGCCUACAGAGAGAGAGUGGCCAUAUAUGCUUUCGCUCAUGGGCUCAGGGCACUCCUGAAAUGCAACAAGACCACCUGCUCUGGAGAAACCAACUUCCCACCCUGGCAGCUAGUGGAAAGUAUGCGCAGUGCGAAUUUCACGCUCGAUGGCAAUACAUAUUCCUUUGAUGAAAACGGUGACUUUUCAGAUGGUUAUGACCUCAUAAUGUGGAAGGAAAAUAAUGAUGAACGCACUAUUGACGUUGUGGGAAAAUUCCUCUUGAAAAAUGGAGACGUGGAGAUCCUCAGUCAAUUCCAGUGGAUAAAUAACACACUCCCCACGUCCAAGUGCUCAGAGUCUUGCCCACCUGGUACUGCGAAGAACCAGUCUAAGAUCCCCUGUUGCUACAACUGCGUUCAGUGUGGUGAAGGAAAUUAUACUGAUGGAUGGGAUCUACCUAAAUGCCUGAAAUGUCUCGAUGGAAUGUGGUCUAAUAAGGGAGACAGUAAAUGCAGGAAAUUCGAGGAGAAGUAUCUGGAUUGGAAGGACAGUUAUCCCAUAGCUCUGUUAGCAGCUACAGCAAUAGGCUUGGUUCUAGUGUUGACUUCGCUCAUCAUUUUCUAUGUGCACAGAAACACAGUAAUAAUCAAAAAGGCUGACAAUGACAUGUCUUGUUUCAUGCUGCUGGGGUUGGCAGUCAGCUUCAUCAGCGUAAUCAUGUUCAUCAGCAGGCCAAAUGAGCAUCUGUGUAGGGCACAACAGGCCGUGUACGGUCUCGGUUUUACUCUGUGUGUUUCAUGCAUACUGGUUAAAGCCUACCGCACUUUCCUGGCUUUCAUGGCUUUUGAUCCUGACAGGCAGCACGAGUUAAAAAAACUCUACAAGCCUCUGAUCAAUUUGGUCCUGCUUACCAGUGGUCAAGGUAUCAUCCUAUUGUUCUGGCUGAUUUUCAAUUCUCCUCGCCCAGAUUUAAAGUGGCCUGGAACUGGCAUGGAAAAAUAUGUUGUCUGUGACGAGGGCUCCAUUAUAGGUUUUGGGGUGAUGCAUGGUUACAUAGCUCUGUUGGCUUUCAUUUGUUUCUUUCUUGCUUUCAAGGGCAGAAAAGUCCCCCAUGAUUUCAACGAGACCGGUGUCAUAAUCUUCAGCAUGUUGAUUCAUCUGUUUGUCUGGCUCUGCUUUAUUCCCAUUUAUAUUGAAAGAAACAAGACAGAGCAGCGGCACAUUGUUCAAGCUUCAGCCAUCCUGGCCUCCAACUAUGGCAUAAUGUUUUGUCAUUUUGUCCCAAAGUGCUACAUAGUCCUGUGGGAACUGUCAGAGAACUCAAGGGCCUUGAUUGUAGGCAGGUUGGCUAGAUGUGUUAAAGAUGACACGGCAAAUGCAAACAUCACUAUAUUAAAUGAGGCGGGUCGAAUUACUUCAGUAGGAUCAUCGGUGAUAGAGAUCAGCACAGUUUCUAAAGAUGUAUCCAGUUCUAUAAAGACCGUGGACUUAUUAAAUACAGAUAGAGGCAGUAAAGACCUAGCAGUGUCCCGUCAUGCCAAGUUGAGACAAAGACACACUACUCAAUAAAAAUAAAUAGGAUGUCGUGCAUUCUUCCAGCAACUGAAUUUACAAUUAGCAAAUACUUAAAGUGGAUUUUCCAUCUUACAUACACUGGAAAUGUACCAAUACUGUACUCGUUGUUUAAAGGUGCAAAAAGAAUGUUUUAAUUUUUGUAAAUUUUUUAUACAUAUAUUUAUACUUAAACAGGAACUCUGCAUUUAUGAAUUAGUGUACUAAAUGUAAUGGUGUAUAAAUUGGUUCAGAUGUUAUUGCAAACAUGGUAAAACCAAUACUAGGUGCGCUGGUGGUGAAGGCGAGAAUGGUUUUUCAGAAUCUAGUUUUAAUCUAUUUUUAUUCUAAUUUGUCCAUAGAUGUGCAUGUUAAAAGAAGUAGUUAAAUCCUGUAUUUAUCAAUUACAAAAUAAUAAAAAAAACAAAAAAAACAGAAGGUUUGUAAAUAUUUAAGAUCCGUAAAGGCUUUUACGUAUUUUUAUUUCAUUAUACCUUGUAAUUUAUUGUACAUAUGCCUUAGUAAGUCUACUCUUUCCUGACUCAAACUCAAACCCAAACUCUUCAUAGCACCCAUAUUACCCCAGAUUAGCCUGCCACUACAUUGGCUACCAAUUAAAUAUAAAAUUGAUGCCCAUUUUAGUCAUUACAUUUUAAGAUUUGCAUUGUAGACCUUCCCUAUAUUUCAGAAUUAAUGUCUCCAAACAUAUCAUCAAGGUCUUUAUGAUCGUCAAAAAAAACCCUAUUGUUCAUUUCAAGGUCUAAACCAGAAACUAAGGGAGUUUGAGCAUUUGCUGUUUUGGGAUCUAGAUUUUGGAACAACAUUCUAUGAUCAGCUCAGUCCAAAGCCAGUUUUAAGGAACUUUUAACAACCCUUUUGUAUAAGUUGGUCUUUACUUAAUCUCAUUAUAUUAUAUUUGUUUUUGUUGUUGUUUGUUUGACUAUAUGAAUUACUGACGGCUAUGAAUUGAAUUGAAUUAUGUGUUUAUGUCAUCCUUUGUUAAGGUUUACCUAUUGCUUUGUUUUGAUCAUUACUUUAUUCUGCGAUGCACUAUGUGACAAAUUUUCUGUAAUACUGCUAAAUUACUUUCUUGCUUGUAAUCACAAAAAUUAACAGAAAUUAUACACCUAUUUUUGUACUGUGUCUUUACAUUUAAUAAACAAUAAA